CGGGACGGACCGAAAGCCGGGCGCCAGCUGAGGCGGGGACACAGGUGGGCGUGGGGGUCCUGGUCUCCGGUGCCACCCACCGGUGGGUAGCCUGUCUGGUUCAUGUCACUGGGUGUGUCUCCACGGCGCGGGAGCUCCUGGGACGCCGAGUCUGAGCAGCUGAUGGGCCAAGAGGCGGUGCCCCCCUUCUGCUCACCUGAAUGCAGGGAAGAGAAAUCAAGGAAGCUUAUAACAGAGGCCACAUCUGACUGGAGAUUGUCAAGCGACUGGACUUGCUCUGUUCGUGGGAAACGGUGCAUCUGAUGGCUGGAUGCGCAAAAGAAAUAAAAAGGAAGACAUGACUGCCCCGAGAUUGAGGAUGGAUGGCCGAAGACCCUUGAGACAGCUUCCCUGAAAGGGAGGAGCGCUGUCAGGCCCAGCUACCCGGUGUUGGCCCGGGGACACCCCUGGCACCCAGAUUAGGAUCAUGACUCCUGUGAGCAACCAUGGCAUGGCGGAGAGCAUUUUUGACCUGGACUAUGCUUCCUGGAAGAUCCGCUCGACCCUGGCGGUGGCCGGCUUUGUCUUCUACCUGGGCGUCUUUGUGGUGUGCCACCAGCUGUCCUCCUCCCUGAACGCCACCUACCGCUCUCUGCUGGCCAAAGAGAAGGUCUUCUGGAACCUGGCGGCUACCCGCGCAGUCUUCGGUGUGCAGAGCACGGCCGCCGGCCUGUGGGCUCUGCUGGGGGACCCCGUGCUCCACGCUGACAAGGCUCUGGGGCAGCAGAACUGGUGCUGGUUUCACGUCACCACAGCCACCGGGUUCUUCCUCUUUGAGAACGUGGCCGUUCACCUGUCCAACCUGUUCUUCCGGACGUUCGACGCGUUUUUGGCUGUCCACCACCUCUUCGCCUUUCUUGGGUUUCUGGGUUCGGCGGUCAAUCUCAGAGCCGGCCACUACCUGGCCAUGACCACUUUGCUCUUGGAGAUGAGCACACCUUUCACCUGCGUUUCCUGGAUGCUCCUGAAGGCUGGCUGGUCAGACUCCUUGUUCUGGAAGGUCAACCAGUGGUUAAUGAUCCACAUGUUUCACUGCCGCAUGAUCCUCACCUACCACAUGUGGUGGGUGUGCUUCCAGCACUGGGGCGCCCUGGUCGGCAGCCUGUACCUGCCUCACUUUGCACUCUUCCUCUGUGGGCUGGCCCUGCUCACACUCAUCCUCAACCCCUACUGGACGCACAAAAAGACCCAGCAGCUUCUUAACCCCGUGGACUGGAACUUCGCCCAGCCCGAAACCAAGGGCAGCAGGCAGGAAAGGACCAAUGGCCAGGUGCCUCAGAAGAAGAGGCUCUAGUGCCCAGAGACCCGGUAGCUCCACAGAGGGUGACUCUUACAGAGGAGCUGGUGAACAAGGUGAAUACUCGUUACGUAGGUGAAUACUAACUUGUCCUUUAGUGUUAGCUCUGAAGUAGCCAUGAAGUAUUGCUGGGACGUUGAUUUGCCCGCAGGAGGUCUCGGCCGCCGUGGUCACCUUCUGAUUCCUCUGGUGUGGGCUCAGCCAUGCUGUGUCUGCCAGGCCAGGGUCGGGAGGAGCCGUGGUGGCCAGGUGUGCAAGCUGCUAAGGAGGCCAGCCUGAAUACUUGAAAGGACCGCGUUAGGAAGGACCCCGGGUGGGUGUGGACGAGUCAGCACGCUCACAGUCUGUGUGCCUUAUUUGGAAGUCACGUUCUUUCUCAUUACAAAGAAUUGGCCUAAGAAAAUGUGAUUUUUGCUGAUGUUCGUGACCAUUUCCCAGCCCGUGGAAGUUUCAGCCCGUGACACAGCAGCACCCUCUAGUGGCAAAUGGCGGAAGGACGCAGUUCCGGUAAAAGGUUUUUCUCAGUAGCUGAAUGAGCCUAGUUUAUCCACCCCUCCUGGCAUGGUGUCUGGAUCUUCGAGCUAUUUCUCAUUGACCAAACUGGCUGGCCUAGCCCCCAAUUCUGCUCUGUCAAUUUCAAGGCAGGGCAGCGACUUUUCCCCUGUGGGCUGUGAGGGGGGUCCCUGUACCCAGAGAUGUUCUGCCCGAGUUGCCAGAACACAGAAGAAACAGGCAGCUUGCUUGAUGUGACCAUAGGCAAGCAAGUGUUCUUACCUGCACUGUGGGUGGGACAUCCAAACACCGGCUGCCAAUAUUAUUGGCAGACGUGGAAACUUUCCCUGAAAGUAUACAAUUAAAGUACAAAAACCACCUUUGAAAUGGUAAUUGCUCUUGAAAAUCAUGUGUGACUUAUGUUUGCCAUGGAUCAUGGGCCUCACCGCAUGUUUUGAAUACUAAUGCUUUUAACUUUA